AAGCACUGCCUUUCUUGCCAUCCACCAACAAAGAGAAGAAAAUCGCAAAGGAGCUAGGGUUAGGGUUUUCGGUGGUCUAUCUCUUUUACCUCUUCGUCCGGUUUUCGAUUAAUCAUCGUUGAGAUGAGUUCGACGGGAGCUGGUGGUGGUGCGUCUACCAAGGGCGGUAGGGGCAAGCCGAAGGCCUCGAAGUCUGUGUCCAGGUCGCAUAAGGCUGGUCUUCAGUUCCCGGUGGGGAGGAUCGCUAGAUUUCUCAAGGCUGGCAAGUACGCCGAACGUGUUGGUGCCGGAGCUCCCGUCUACCUCUCGGCUGUGCUCGAGUACCUCGCGGCUGAGGUGUUGGAGCUUGCUGGGAACGCAGCGAGAGACAACAAGAAGAACCGAAUUGUGCCGAGGCACAUCCAGCUUGCUGUGAGGAAUGACGAGGAGCUGAGCAAGCUAUUGGGGUCUGUGACCAUUGCAAAUGGAGGUGUUUUACCCAACAUCCACCAGACUCUUCUGCCGAAGAAGGUUGGCAAAGGCAAAGGCGAUAUUGGAUCGGCUUCUCAGGAGUUCUAAGCACUUUCAAGUCUCCUUCGUAUCACAGUGUGUAAUAUAUACCUGCUAUGCAAUUUUGUACCCGAGUUAUUGGGAUUUUUUGUUCUUGUUAAUGAAAUCAAUCAAAUUAGCUUUUUGAUUCUGUGCCUUCGAGGCUUUCUAAA